ACAUGGGUGGAGCUGAUCCAUCAGACCAGCUCAUUCAGUAUUACUCCGCACAACACGAGACCAUGCGUUGGUACGAUUUUCUGGACAGGGCCUCCACCAACAGCUUCAUUCUCCACAAGGAGCUCGUGACACACAGAGCUUCGAUGGAGGAGCUGACUCUGUGGCAAGCCUCUCCGCACAGCUGCUCCCCUCCACCUGCAGGUCAGCUUCCUGUACCUAAAGCCACCACGGGUCGCAGGAGACGCGAGCAUUGCCAAAGCCGAGGCAAGCGAAGGGACGCACCGUGGAAAUGCAGGGAGCGUGACGUCGCCGUCUGCGUGCAGCUGCACAGGAAGUGUUUUGCAGCACGGCAGUUGAAACAUGCACAUUAUGGUCUGCGUCCAGGUGUCCCACCAGUCAGUCCUCCCAUCAUCUUUGCGUCUCCGACCAAACUGGCGUCUGAAACAGGAAGUCAAGUGGAGUACCUGGGAGCCAAUCGAGUCCCCGAACUGCAGAAAGUCUUCCAGAGGUCUGAUGGGGUCCCAGUCCACCUGAAGAAGGGCCUGAUAGACAAGCUGCUGUACCGGACCACCAUGGGUCUGACUGUGGGGGGGGCGCUCUACUGCCUGGUGGCUCUCUACUUCGCCGCCCAGCCCAGCAACAAGUAAAGCUGCUGAGCUGCUGCGCUCUGAUUGGACGAGAGGUUUCUGAGAGGCGUUCAGUGUGACAGACGGACGAGGAGGCGUUCAGGGACAGUUACAGGAAACAAACACUUUGUACAGAAAAUAUAAUUUAGUAUGAAGAAUUAACAAUAAAGUUUAUUUUGUUGUAAAAGAA